AUGGCUCAAAAGGGUCAGGGACGCAAGAUUGCCAUUAUCGGUGCCAGCGGCCAGGUCGGCAAACCGACGGUAAAUACCCUCAUCAGCAACGGCGGCCAUACCAUUACCGCCCUUCAGCGACCGGAAGCCACUAGCGCCUUCCCCGACGAAGUCAUUGUCAAGAAGGGCGACCUUGAGGAUGAAAGCUUCCUCAUGGACGCGCUCACGGGACAAGAUGCCGUAGUCCUGAUGCCUCCGCUAUCUCACCUCGCCAAGCUCCAGGAGCCAGCGAUUCGUGCCGCCGCAAGGGUCGGCGUGCCUUACGUCUUCCCGUCUGAAUUUGGCCCUGACCCCUUUGCCGGCAAGCUUGUCGAGGAGAACGGGCUGCUUUUAGCAAAGAAGAAGAUUCGCGAUCUAAUUGAGGAGCUCGGCGUGAGUAGCUGGAUCUCCAUUGCCGUCGGCCCAUGGCUCGAUGAUGGCCUCAGGGGAGGAUUAUGGGGCAUCGACUACAAAGCUCGCAAGGCGACCUUGUGGCGCGGCGCGGACGCCAAAGUCAGCACGGCGAGCAUCGCUCACGCUGGUGAGGCUGUGGCUGCGGUGCUGAGCCUGCCAGAGGACGAUUUGGCCAGGUACAAAAACAAGGCUGUGUACACUCCCUCGUUCCACCUGACACAGAGGGAGAUCUUGGAGGCUGUCCAGCGCGCGACGGGGACGACGGAUACAGACUGGAAUAUUCAGGUGCGAGAUGUGAGGGAAGUAGAGAAUGAGUACGAGGAGAAGAUCAAGCAAGGCGAUGGUGUGGCGCCGUACGUAAAGUUUUUUGUCACACACUUCCUGCAGAGUCAUGGCGGCGACUUUCAGAAUAAGGUCAAUACGGCAGAGUUGGAGAAGCUGGACCAGCUGGGCUUGCACAAGGAAAGCCUCGAGGAGGUCAUCAACAAGGGGCUGCAGUGA